AUGGCGUGGGGCGAGUACUGCCAGGACCCCUACCUCAUCGGCGACGUCUGUGCCAGGAACGAUUCCACGGGGGCGUCGUGCUGCACCCAGGUGCCGCCGGAGCACCAGUACCUGCACGUCUCGCCGCAGGCCAACUGCCUCACCACCACCACGGGCCAGUACGCGCUGGACUGGCUGGGGCGGCUGGAGAACUUUUACGAGGACUUUGCGGAGCUGCUGUCCAUUCUGAAUGCUCGGCCGGGUGUGCCCAAGAUCCCAUCGGAGCUCCCCGGCCAGCUGAAUAACGUCGACCCCUGCCUGAACCGCACGCUGAUGGGGACGAAGAAGGGACGAGCCAAGGCGCGGCUGCUGAAGUGCGACAAGCUGGACUUCUACACUGGGGCGAAUGAACACUGUUAUGACAGCAUACGGCAGUUUUAUGCGGAGGACAGUGCUCUGUUGGGUCUUUGA